AUGUCGAGUAUGAAGAAAUUCUUGACGAGUAGACCAGCAACAAUAGGCCAUGAAUCUCACCACAUCUACUCCAAUACCAUGCUCGCACUGUCUGGCGAGCUGGAUCGAGGGAGUGAAAAGGAGCGAUCCCGGAGAAUAGUCAUGCCGAAUCCGUUCCCGAAAAUCCGCAAGGCCGUCGCUACCGCCACGCCAUCUUCUUCGUCCUUUUCCACUCCUGCGUCCAUUCUCAUCGGAGUCUCGCAAUUCUUUGACGAAUAUGCGCCAACAUGCCACUACAUGAGAAGCUUGGCCAUGUAG